UCAACUUGUUUCCCACUUCCAGAUAUCAUUUGGGACUACUUUCUCUCCUCCUUUAUUUUUGUAUUUCUUUUUAAGUUGAGCUUGCUGUCCCUGCUCCCCGGGCUGGCCUCUCCAUCGCUAGCCCGGCGCUCGCUGGGUGCCCAGUGGCAAACUCACUCUGCUGGCAUUUUCCUAAGGCUGGCACCUUGGUUCAGGCUGGAAUUGCUGGAGGAGGCUUCGUUUGGUAUUGCUGGGGCUCCAGAGAUGCCCACCAGUGCCCGAGCAGCACACAGCCUGUGUGCGGGGAUUUCAGCAGUGCCGGUUGCCAUGCUGUGCGAGGAGGUGUCAUUUGAGUGGAGAGUACUUUUUGAGUCCUGCUAGAUUGGCAGACACAGGCAGAGGUGCUCAAUCCUGGCUGGUGUUUGCAAAACAAGAUUUCCUGUGUGCUGCAUUGGGUCUCUUUGACCUGGCCCAUCGAUUGUCCUGCUGCAGUGUCCAGCACAUGCAGCAAGAGGGUGGUGGUGGAGCAUCUCCAUGUGUGGGCACCUGGGGCUCAGGCCUUGAGAAGAGUAUCUCAUGUUAGAAGGAUUUGAGCAGGAUGCAUUUGGCUUGGCAGUACAGCAUGCUUGAAAAUGUGUCAUCAAUUGAGCAAGUACUUCCAUUAAUUAAUUUCACAGAGACUUAAUUCUAUUAACUGAGGUAGAAGCUGCAGAGCUAAGCACCAAGCUUGAGUUUUACAGACUCCUACCUCCCCCUUUUAUUUUAUAUAUAUAUUUCUCACUUUUGGGUGGCUUCCAUUUAAAGGUUUUGAGUUUUUCUCUUAAAAAUCCUCAGCUUUCCACCCCAGUGGCCCUCAAGGCUCAGCCACACUAAUAGGUACUUUACAUCCUAGUUAAUCAUGUCUCCUUUGGGCCCAGUAACCUCAUGGUGCACAAACUGUUUGUGAGAUUGGCCAUUAAUUCAGGAGAUAGUUGCACUGUGCCAGCAAGGUAUAAAGCAGAGGUUUGUUCUCAGUGCAGCUAGAGCUUUAAUUAGAUUUUCCCUGUAUGUCAUGUCCUCAAAAUCAGAAAAAGCUGCUGAGACGUGAUGGUUUGUUCUUUCCUCUGUCCUGCUUGAUGUGCCAAGAUGCAACUUUGUGAUUUAUUUAUUUUUUUCCAGUACCUGAAGGGGUCCUACAGGAAAGCUGGAGAAGGACUUUUUACAAGGGCAUGUACGGAUAGGACAAGGGGGGACAGUUUAAAACUGAAAGAGAGCAGAUUUAUGUUAGGCAUUAGGAAUAAAUUAUUUACUGUGAGUGUGUUGAGACACUGGCUCAGGUUGUUCAGGGAAGUUGUGGAUGUCCCAUGCCUGGAAGUGUUCAAGGCCACAUUGGAUAGGGCUUGGAGCAAGCUCGUCUGUUGGGAGGUGUCCCUGCCCAUGCAGGAGGUUGGAACUAGGUGAUCUUUAUGGUCCAAACCAUUCCAUGAUUCUGUGAUUUUGGGGGUCUGACUCAGAACAUGCUUAAGCUCUUUGUUAUUAGACAUACCCAGUUUCUUUACUUGGGGUGGAGACGAGGUGGGAUGGUGAGUUGUUGCUACCUUGUGUUGUGUAUUUCAGAGAGCCUGAGGCUUGACAUCAUCUGGUGGAAGAAGUUCUGUCCCAAUGGCUGUGGAUGUGGGAAAAUCACUUUCUGAAGCCUCACUGAGUGGGAAGUCCGAGGGCAAUGGCAGGUGGGACUGCACAGAGGUGGAAGGAGACUACCCAGAGCUAGCAGACAGCCUGCACCGGCUUCUAGGGGCAGAGGAAGCAAAGCCUUGCCCGCAGGGGACAGAGAGCGUGGCAAUGAGUGGACACAGUCACUUGGCCACUGAUGUUACCCAGGGAGGCUCAAGCUACCACCAAGAAGUGUCUUCAGCAUCUGCAUCCAGAUUUCCCAGAGCAAGAGCCAGCCUCUCAGAGACAGAGGCGUUAAUUUACAGCACCAACGACAGUGGUGACGUGCCUCAUCAUGUUAGCCACCAGUUCCUCUCCUCAGAAGAGCAGCAGGUAAAGGCAUCAGGCCAUUGGGAGCUGACAUCCAGCCCUCCCAGCCAGCUCAGCUCUGCAGAGGAGACCCUCCUUGCUGGCAGCUGCCACCAUGCCCGUGCUGGCCGGCAGAGCCGAAGUCUGGGAGCUCAAUCCUCAUUUUCUUCCACCUCGGAGCUCCUGCGGCCCCAAACCCCCUUCAGCCCUGAGAACGCCCUGCAGAGCCGCUCUGUAUCAAGCUUCUCCACCCUGUCUUCAGAAGAAAAUGGCCUCUCCAAAAAGCUGUCCCGAUGCUUGCUGGCCAGCACAGACAUGCCUUCCCCUGUGGCCAGCAAGGCCUGGUGGGGUGCAGCAGAGGGCAGGAUGCUGCGGCCACACAAGAACUUCAGUCCUCUGCGUGAUGACCGGCCCACCGUGGAGCACACCAGAAAGAUGUCGUCCUACCAAGCUGAUUACUGGGCGUGUGCCAUACCAGAUUCCUUACCCCCCUCUCCAGACCGUCAGUCGCCCCACUGGAACCCCCAUAAAGAGUAUGAGGACUUGCUGGAUUAUGCUUAUCCGCUGAAGCCAAGAUACAAGCUGGGAAAGGUACCAGAACCUUUCUUCCACGACUCAGGAAUAGGUUUGGACAGCUUUUCUGUUUCCCCUGAGGGCACUUUGAGGUCCACCAGCAUCUAUGGCCGAGGUGGACAGGCUUGGGAAAGUGGAGGAAACAGACAUCGGAAGUUCGUGGCCUCUGCAGAGAGGGUCUCCACAUCAGGGCCUGGAAAAAGAGGCAGCUCAGGAGCUGGCUUGUACUAUGAACCUUUGCCUAUUGCAACAGCAUCCUUUGCAAAGAGUCCUUCCUCUCAUCCUUCUGGAGGUUCAGCUAAAGAUGUAACAACAGAGUCAGUGGGGCUGGGUUCAUCUGGCUGCCCUGCUGCAGAUGGGGGAAGCUGGUGCACCAGAGGGAGCCCCUUCCCAAACUACAAAGGGCAGGUGAAAAGCACAAAUAGGUUUUUACCUACAACACGAGUGCUCCCCCUGAGGAGAGAGUGGGAGGGGGAUGAGGAGUUUCUGUCCCUGCCUCCUAGACUGCAGGAGCUGGAGAGGCUGGCUCAGUUUUUGUCCAAUCUUUCAUUAACUAUAAGGACACCCAAGCAUGACCACUGUAACCUUCCACGUCACAGCGACAGCAGGCAGCCCCUUUCAUUCGAGUUGGCUCCUUUUGGAGAAGUGGGUGAUGGGGACAAAAGAGGGAAUAUUGAGGAUUAUGCUGGGCUGUGGCACCCCAGCAACUCUCGAGAGCUCAGCAGGGAAAACACUGAAUCAUAUGGGCAGAUCCACAGGGAUCCUCUGCAGGGACUUCAUCUGCCAACUGGGCUCAGGGACAUGCUGGAUGGGACUUACCUCGAUGAACCACGGGUCAGGGGGCAGCCAAAGAAGCGCCAGCAUGGCGAGUCCCUUGCCCAGUGUGUUAAGAUGUUUUGCUGCCAGCUGGAAGAGCUAAUUCGUUGGCUGUACAAUGUGGCAGAGAUCACUGACAGCUGGGUCCCAGUCUUGCUGGAUGCUGAGGGCGUGAAGGCAUCACUGCACCGCUGCUUGGAGUUCAGGAAAGAUGUGGCUGACCACCGGAGCCUGACAGAGAGUGUGCUGGAGAGGGGAGAAGCUCUCCUUGACUGCAUGGCAUCAAAUUCUCCAGCUCUGAAAGAUACUCUGGGUUUGAUUGCAAAACAGUCAGAAGAGCUGGAAACCCAUGCAGAGCACUUGUACGAAUCUGUUCUAGCUUCUGUGGGUCCUGUGCAGGGUGAGGACAGGAUGGAGGACGAGGGGCUGUAGCAGCCAGCUGCUCGAUGGAUGCUGCCUCUAUGAGACCUGGGCUUUGUUAGCCAGUCUCGGGAUGGCUGAAAAGAAAUGCAGCGAGCAAGAAACCACCUCUUUGACUUGUUGCAGAGAUGCCAAAUAUGUAUGACCACUGUCUGCACAGUUAGCCAGCCUGGGCCGAUUUAAGUUUAUUUUGGUUUCGUUUGGUUUGGUUUUACCCUGGCUUCAGAAAGGCAAGCUGUACAGCAGUCACCUGCCUCCUGAGAUGGCUGGUUAAUAGUGCUGGCUACAUUGGGGAGUUUUGAGUAAGGAAUGUACAGCUGGCUUUUUUGGGGGGGGUUGUUUUUAAUGUAGCGUUCCUUUUUUCCUGACCCCUAGAAGUGGCCCAUUCCAUGUGUUAGCAAAAUGUCAGGAACACAGUGGGUUUUUUUUAACUAAGUAAUCUUUAGUAUGCCGUGCAACUCACUUCUAAGUAAAGCUGUGUGAUUUUAAA